AUGUGUCCGUUAAGACUAAUUCUGGUGUUCUUAUCAGCUGUUCUUGCCGGUUUCUUCAUGAUAAAAAAUCUCCAAUCUCAGUCCGAUUUCGCCGACGAACAAUUCCCUGAUUCUGUCUCCCCCGCCGAUGAUCAAUCCUCCUCCAAGGCUUGGAGAGCUACUGUGACCGGAUUUCGGACUUGUGUUGAUAUGGCUAGCGGCCGCUACCUUUGGAAGAACUUGGUUUCAUCCCCAUCUUAAAUUUCCUUUCCAUCAAUUUGUAUAUGUCUUUCUUUUAUUCUUUACUGUAUUGUAUUAUAAUGAAUUGAACUGGGAAAUUACGCAAAACUUACAUUAGCCAUUUUUUUUUGUAUGUCAGUAUAAAUACAAACAU